AUGAAACCUAUUUCCUUCUGGCCCUUGCUGGCCGCUCCUGCAGCGUCGUCAAAUGAAUUCAGUGCCAAUGAUUCCACCAAGACGCCUCCAAUAGUAUCCACUACCUCUGGGAGAAUACAUGGGAAAGUCGAUCCAAGCCUGCCCAAUGUCCAUCAAUAUCUCGGUAUUCCUUACGCCCUGCCGCCUAUAGAUGCAAAGCGUUGGGCAGCACCAAAACCUCUCGACUUGCCCGACUCGGACGUUCAGGCUACGAAUCUGCCGCCAAGCUGUCUGCAGUACUUCAACCAUUCACCUAUUAAUACGGAAGUCGUGCCCGAGUUCAACCUCCAGGGCCUUAAUGGGACUGGCGCAAUCAGCGAAGACUGUUUAACACUCAGCGUAUGGACCCCUGCCAACACGACAGCAUCAUCUGAGGGCGUACCGGUCCUCAUCUGGGUCUAUGGCGGCGGCUACGGUGUCGGCUCCGGCCAGGAUGUGCCUUACCAGAUACCCGCUCAGUGGGUAGACAGGACCCCGGACCACAUUGUGGUCUCAUUCAACUAUCGUCUGGGCAUCUUUGGAUUUCCCAACGCCGGCGGUCUCACAGACCAGAAUCUCGCUCUACUCGACACACGCGCAUUAGUGGAGUGGUGUCGGAAGAACAUCGCCGCGUUUGGAGGUGAUCCAAAGCGGAUUGUCUUGUGGGGUCAGUCGGCAGGAUCUUUAAUGGCCAAUCACUACGGCUUUGCAUACCGUGACGACCCCAUCGUCACGGGUCUGAUCAUGAACUCCGGGACGGCGUUACUCCCAUACUACACAGUUAACGACACGUCAAGGUCUAACUUUACAUUUGUCGCCGACCACGUAGGCUGUGCUGGUCUUGCAGACGAACCUGACAAACAACUUUCAUGCAUGCGCGAUGUCAACGGCAGUGUUAUCAUCGAUUUUGUUGCGAACUAUUCGACAAGCAUUGGAAGUGGAGGAUUGACUGGGCUUGCUUUUGUUCCCGUUGAGGACAAUGUCUUAGUCUUUUCAAACUACACAAAGCGAGCCAUGGAUGGAUUGCAAGCUAACAUAGUAAGAUUUUUGAUUCCUAUUCACACCUCUCUAACAUGCUUGUCUCCUUCAAAAUCUGACUGCUGGAAGCCCGCAAUCGUUGGUACAAACGCCCAAGAUGGUAUCUUGUACGCCGACUACGACCCAAUAAAUGGCCCAAACACAACCGUAGGCCUAGAGUGGGAUCUUCUCCUCUUCUCCUGCCCGGCAACCAACACAAUCCGUCUUCGACAGCAGACGGGGCUUGUGACCUUCCGCUCCGUGUACUAUGGCAACUUCAGUAAUGUGUCCCCGCUGCCGUGGAUGGGGGCAUACCACGGCUCGGAAUCGCCCAUACUUAUGGGCACACAUCCGAAUUUCCGUGGAAAUAGCACUCCUGAGGAGUAUGCAACAAGUCAUGCGUUCCAGGAUGCAUACGUGGCUUUCGCUAGUGACCCUGAGAACGGCCUAGCUGGGCAAGGAUGGAAGCAGUACACGACUCUGGGGAGUGAUGAGGUUAGAGGGUUUGGUAGAAACGGGGUAGCGGCGGAGGAUGUGAGUAUUGCGUCAACGGAGUCACUAUGUGUAUGA